AACAACCAUCUUCCUCGUGAAACAUAGAGAAACAGGAAGAACAAGUCCCUGAGAAAUUUUUAAACAUGAGGGAGAUCAUUAGCAUUCAUAUCGGACAAGCUGGUAUUCAAGUCGGGAAUUCUUGUUGGGAGCUUUAUUGUCUCGAACAUGGUAUCCAACCUGAUGGCACCAUGCCCAGUGACAGCAAUGUGGGUGCAUGUCAUGAUGCAUUCAACACAUUCUUUAGCGAGACAAGCUCAGGUCAACAUGUGCCUCGGGCUGUGUUUCUUGAUCUUGAACCAACCGUCAUUGAUGAAGUAAGAACCGGCACUUACAGACAGCUCUUCCAUCCUGAACAACUUAUCUCUGGCAAGGAAGAUGCAGCCAAUAACUUCGCUAGAGGCCAUUACACUGUUGGAAGGGAAAUUGUUGACACAUGCCUUGAUAGGCUGAGGAAAUUGGCAGACAAUUGCACAGGGUUACAAGGAUUUUUGGUGUUCAAUGCUGUUGGGGGUGGAACAGGUUCUGGUUUGGGUUCUUUACUGUUGGAACGCUUGUCCGUAGAUUUUGGAAAGAAAUCUAAACUCGGUUUCACAAUCUACCCUUCUCCUCAGGUUUCUACGGCAGUUGUAGAGCCAUACAAUAGUGUUCUUUCGACUCACUCUCUUCUUGAGCACACAGAUGUUGCUGUUAUGUUGGAUAAUGAAGCCAUAUACGAUAUAUGCAGGAGAUCUUUAGACAUUGAGAGGCCUACAUACACAAAUCUAAACCGCUUAAUCUCCCAAACCAUCUCUUCACUAACAACUUCUCUAAGGUUUGAUGGUGCCAUCAAUGUGGACAUAACCGAAUUCCAGACCAACCUUGUACCUUACCCUCGGAUCCACUUUAUGCUCUCCUCUUAUGCACCAGUGAUUUCAUCUGCAAAGGCCUAUCAUGAGCAGUUUUCGGUCCCUGAGAUCACGACUUCCGUCUUUGAACCCUCCAAUAUGAUGGCCAAAUGUGACCCAAGGCACGGAAAGUACAUGGCUUGUUGUUUGAUGUAUCGUGGUGACGUUGUGCCUAAGGAUGUUAAUACAGCUGUUGCUAACAUCAAAACCAAGCGCACAAUUCAGUUUGUUGACUGGUGUCCAACUGGUUUCAAGUGCGGAAUAAACUACCAACCGCCUUCAGUUGUUCCAGGUGGUGACCUAGCGAAAGUUCAACGAGCAGUUUGCAUGAUCAGUAACAAUACUGCUGUGGCAGAAGUGUUCUCUCGCAUAGACCACAAGUUUGAUCUCAUGUACUCCAAAAGAGCCUUUGUCCAUUGGUAUGUAGGAGAAGGUAUGGAAGAGGGAGAGUUCUCUGAGGCCCGUGAAGAUCUUGCUGCUCUUGAGAAAGAUUAUGAAGAAGUUGGUGCAGAAGGAGCAGAGGACGACGAUGAAGACGGCGAUGAAUAUUAGAAAGACGCAUGAUCAGUGGUUUUCCAUUGUUUCUUUCUUGUGACGUACAUCAUAUAUGUAUAUGUGAAUGUGAUCUCUAUAGUUGUUUUGUGAUGUUUACAGGUCUCCCUCCUUUUAUAUCUCAUUUGUAUGUUACUAAAAAAUACAUCUAUAUUAAUUGUCAAU